GUUGAGUUUUUCGUUGGCAGUAGUCGAUUUGCUCUCGUCUCGAAGUGGUAGUUCCACUCUAAAAGUACCGACAACAAAGUAGUAGUUGGCACUGCUUGGUUUUAUGAUAACAUAAAAAUUUACCGAAAAUUUCGAAUCGCUUUAUUUUUAAAAUUUUAAAAAUAUUACGAGUUACAUAAAUCAGAUUUUUGGGAAGAAAUCUGCCGUCUCAUUCCGUUUAAGAAAUUAAGCCACGAAAUCUUCCCAAGUUUCCUUUCCACUAUAAUUUUCAUCACGGAAGAAAUAUUUUGGAAGAAGGUUCCCAUCCCACCUGCCCUUUUUGAACCAUUUUCUUCACUUUGUUGGUGUUGUUCCUUGGAUUUGGAUUCAGUUCUGGGUUGUGGUUUGAGACUUGAACACUUGUUAAAUUGUGAGUUCUGAGAGACUCUUGUGGAAUCGUGUCUCACUUUGUUCCUUGUUUUGGAAACUUUUGUGAAUUUUCAUUGAUUGACAUGAAUGUGAAUUAAUUUGCUACUGAAAUCGAGAAAUAAAAUCUAUCCAGAAGAAACCUUAUGAAAAUGCGGAAGAAAACGAGUAAUCGCAACAGCAUGAUGGAGAAUGCGGCACUAUUUUUCGUCAUUGUUUUGAUCAGCGCUAGCGUCGAAAGUUUGUCGACCCAGACGACCCCCGCGACCCCGGCCGUGGUCACGACGCCUAAUUUGGAGACUUGCCAGUGUGGAGUUUUCCUCCUAGGAACGCAACCAUUAGUAUUCUCGGCGGAUGCAAAACCCAUCCUUUCAGGAAUGCCCGUCCCUGCUAACUGUUCUGCGAGAGAUGACAAACUUCAAUGCGCCUCAAUUUGUAGACAACUUAUUGAAACAAUGUCGCAAUCAAAUGAAGAUUCUCCACUCGUACAGACCGUAGUGUUGGCUGCAACGAGGACGUUAGCUUGUCAAAGGUUUAACGAGUCGGACCGUGUACCACUUCCGAGAACAAUUGAUGCUUCUCAAUCUCACGUUGCAAAAUUGGAUGGGUCUACAAACCAGUGGAAAUUCAUGGUCGGGCCUGCAGCCAGGUCAGAUAUCAAUAAUGAAGCGGAGGAUGACGAAGAAGAAGAUAACACGAUUGGCAGACUGACCCAACCAAAGUAUCUCGGAGGAUUUUACCGAUUUUGCGAUGAACACUGGAUUUACGCCGGCGUUAGUCUACAUGAACCUCUGUGUUGUUUGCAACAUUUACCAAAAAAAUGUCCACCAUCAAAAUCUCAAGCAAGAAACGGUCGUCGUCCACGCCUAAUUAUUCGACGCUGUAAGAAUGACGACUGUUCUUCAGAGGAGGACGGAGAUUUCCAAACUUUAGACUUAAUUACCGAGAAACCAUCCUCAACCACGACGACAAAAGCGCCCCCCACUACGCAAGCCGUUCCAAAUUCCGAUGAGGAAACUGAAUUUCCAGACCAUCAUGAACAGAGUGAUGAUGCAAAUGCUACAUCGUCCGAGAUGGAUACCAUUAAUCCGUUCGAUGAUACUAAUAACCCUCCUGUAAAGAAUAGGAAACCCUUGAACAGCACUGCGGUUGCAGAGGCGUUUAAAUUUCUCACCUCUCUCAUGGAUAGCAUUGGAUACGGGGAUGUAGUUCAAGGGAUUACUUCUGUGUUACCUGCAUCGACUGCGGCUGAGCUAAUUGAUCGUGUCGAUGUUGGUGGAUGGGUGAGCAAUUAUCAGGAUCGGUACAUGACCUGGCCUCGAGAAUUUAGCAUGGGCUACUGCUACUUGGAGUAUAGCUUGUUCAACAUGGCCAACGAAGGAUUUUCCGCCACAGCAAAUAAUCUAAUGAACAGAUUGUUCAAAAAUCAACGUUCGGGAUCAUCCUCCGGUGGUCCGUCCAACAUGAAUCUGUUGAACACACUUGGUUUACCUCCGCAUCAUCAACCGCUCGGAGAACUUUUGCCUGGAGGUUCAUCUGGAACUCCAAUCUAUUCAAAUAACGUGAACAACGUCAACAAUUAUAUUUCUCCAAUGGCUCCACAACUUCAGGACAAUGGCGUUCCCUAUGGCGCCUACGGACAUCCAGGUAUGCCUGGAAAUAGGAGAGUUCGAAGAGGUGUCACUGUUUCUAGGAGUUACUCAGGGGUGGGAGAGACCACCGGAAGUGAUCCCAGCAGACCUACAGGAAUUCGAAGAAUUGUGAGGAAGAAGGUCGUCCCUCGAGCAAGGAAUGCUCCAUCGUCAACUUUGCUCAACUCUUCAGUUUCACCUCAACUGGUGAUCACUGACCCCACAACGACCACCACGACCACUUCUACAACAACGACUGAAAUUCCAGAAAUCAUUCUAGGAAAUAGAACAGUAUCAUUCAUUCCCAGCUCUUUUGUCCCAUCUGAACCUUUGAUUCCGCAACAACAUUCGUACAACCCCCACAAUUCUCAGCCCCAACAGCAGCAACCCGUUUCUCUCACAAAUCCACACUACUAUCAGAAUCAGUACUAUCAAUAUGAAGUACCCCAACACCAAUUCCCUACUCCAAAUCAACAUACGCAACAGGGUUACAUCCAGCGAAGCCAUCAAGCUCAACAACCGCAAAAUCCUAGCCUUGUAGAGUUUGCAAGACCGCGUCGCAAUCCAAAUGCUCAACCCGAUAACCACCACGGUGGAAACUACCAAAGUCACUAUCAAAACCAACCAAUGGGUCCUCCACCACUUCCAAGAUCUCGACAAGCACAACCUCAACAACAACAACAGCAAAAUGCUAAUAAAAAGGAAGGACCUUCUGCCGGAAAUUUGAUGAAUAUUGCAAACAUGUUGAUGCAAACUGCAAUGGCUGGAAAUAAUAACAAUAAUGGCGACCAAGUAUCCAAUAUUAUGCAAAAUGCGAUCCCUCUCGUCUCCUCUGUAGCGACGAAUCCUGCCAUUCAAAAUAUGGUAUCCAGCCUGGUCACAAGUUUUUUGACCCCACCACAAAAACCAAGCCCUCCUCCACCAACUUCUAAACCACCGACGACAACACCAGCCUCUCAAAACCUGGAUGAUAGUUAUGAACUUAGCGACGACUCUCAGGAAGAUGCUCGUCCCGUGAAACCAGUGAAGCAGGAACCCGAGUCCAAUGAGAUUGACAACAAUUCUAUCACAUCCUCGUCAUCCAGCAAUACCAAUGCCAAACCCACAAGUCCACCCCCAGAAACGAGUGGUGGUGGAGAUGGAGGUGGUAUGCUUCCCAACCUGUUGUCUCAAAUGGUGUCCACUUAUGUCAAAUACUUGCUGGGUGCUGGGGGCGGAGGUCCUCCACCAACAACAAAACCUUCUGGAAUCAAUAACAGACAACCGCUCGCUGGGUCAAGCAAACCUUCAUCUUCCGAACCAAAGGAUAUUGUGGAAAUGAUUUGUAAUGUCGCCAAGCCGUUCUUUAUGUCAUAUUUCGGAGUAGUGCCAGACGAUCCAGGUUUUGGAAAGUUGAGGAUCAAUCGAAAUGGACAUAGACAUCGCUCAGACAAGGAUGGCCAUUCAUUCUCAGCCAAUGACAUUCUAACCAACGAUCCUGACCCAGGUACUGGAAUAAGUGACGUGUUCUUUGGGUCUGCAAACAUUCCUGAGACGGGAAAUGGCGUUAUUGAUUUUGGCAACCGCGUCGUGUAUGCAUUCCAUUCCGCCAACGAUGCACAACAUGGUCUCUACUGUUUCAAACAAUAUUCAGUUAACAAGGUGUGGGACUACUUCAAAUUGGGCGUUAGAGCAGUGUUUAAGAAAUAAUAUACUACAUUAUGGAAUGGACACUAUUUCUUUAAACUCACAAUCUUAGGAUGACACCGACUGAAAUCGUACAAUACAUUUUUAGGGAUAUUUAGAAAUAGUGCAGUUACGGUUGUGAUACAAGAAUGACCAAUUAUGGACCAAUUAUUAGGAGAUAAAUCAACCUUAUCUUUCGCAUCAGAUAAAAAGUGGGCAAGGAAUGAGAUUAAAUGACGAGACUACCUAAAUACACUAAUAACUGGACAGCUUGUAAAGUAGAGAGCACAUGUUUGUUGUACUGUACAUUAUUCUAGUCAGGAUUUUGCAUGCAAAGUACCGGAAGUACCAUAAAGUGGUCAUAGGUCAUUGGGGUGGGACAACACUGAAGCUUUCGUCACGCAAUAUGAAACAACAGCCAGUUUCAGCAUGAUUAUGAUGCACUAACUAAUAAUCAAUCAUUCAUAAUAACACUUUUGGGAUCACGUGGGGGUUUAGUAAACUAAUCAUUCAUUCAUAAACUACUACUAAAUAAUAAUAAUGACAAUUGAAUUGGACGUGCCAACUAUCUGUAUAUAAUUUGAAGACUAUUUAAGACAAUUUACUUUUUUACUCACUACUUUGACAAGAAAACCUGUACAAAUCAGCUUUUUGUUGUAAUAUGGUCGACAUUAUUUAAAUGUUAUGCAUGUUGUAUUAUCGGUAUUAUUAUUUUAUGGAAUAUGUGAAUAUUUAUUUAUUUAUUGUAUGCAAUCGUAUUCUUUACUUUGUUAGUUGUUUUGUUGCUUUGUUGAGUUGUACAAUAAUAAAAACGUAAAAAACGCAA